AUGGUACUGAUGUGUCUCGCCCUAAGUGUCUUUUCAACGAUGCCCGAUUUCGAAGAACAUGCAACUUUAAUUCUAUAUUAUAUUGAAAUUGUGUUUGUUUUCUGGUUAGCAUUGGAAUAUAUAUUUCGAAUUUGGUCAGCAGGUUGCAGGUCACGGUAUCGUGGUAUAUCAGGUCGGAUCCGUUUCGCUACCUCGGCUUAUUGUAUUAUUGGUUUGUGUUUACUGCAAUAA